AUGCCAAAGAGCAAUAUCAUAACGCUGCUGCUGAAGCUGUCGCCGCUAAGCAAGAAGCGAAAAAAAGCAUAUGAUGACCAGAAGAAAAAUAAGUUUACAGAGGACACUUUUGAUGCUUGGAUUCCAAUGAACUACCCUCAAUUUCUCGGUGCCUACCACACGUACAACCAAAAAAGAGCUGAAUUUUUGAAUGCGUUUAUGCGCUAUGACGAAGCGAAAGCAGGUGAAUGGGACAAGAAGUUUGGGGAUUUGUGGAACCAGUGGCAUUUUGGAUCUUUUGACAAUGGGAAAGAAAAAGGAUCUAACCUCAUCAUCAUCACCGACGAAGAUGUUGAUAAUUACGAUGUGAUUGUGGAGAAACAGAGAAAGCAAAUAUCGGAAAGAAUGGCUGCUGAGCAUGGGCACUGA